UCGAGAACCACAGCCAUUCUCUGUUGAAGCCAACUGUAUUGGUAAUGCAUUCCCAGAGGUUGGGUGAACGUCAUUUGAAGCUAUGGAUUGUGGCCAAUGAAGAAGGAUCUAUUUUAUGUGCCCAUUGUGACUGCAUAGCAGGCCUCGGAGAAACGUGCACCCACCCACGUGUGCGCUGUAUUAUUCAGCAUUGAUGAGAGUUUGAGAAAAGCAACUGAAAGGUCGGUCACUGAUGUGAAAGCAUACUGGACAGCUCCUGGAAGAAUUGGAGACCCAAGAAAGGUGCAAGAUAUUGAUUUUAUGUCCCCAAAUAAGCAAAAAGAAAUUCCUUUGUUUGAGAGAAAUAAACUGAAACGCACAUCUGUACCUGAGCUUAAUAAGGACGAUGUAAUCACCUUGCUAGCUCUGCUAAAGGAGACACCAAGGGGGUCAGUUCUACAUUCAAUUGUGAGACCAUUUUCCACUGAGGUAUCAGAGUCCUGCCAAGAAAAAACAUCGUAUAUGUUAAACGGAUUGUAUAAAUUAGAAAACGAGAAACAUACAUUGGACAGUUUAAAACAAAUUGGAUCUAGUUCGGACCUCACUAUUCCCCUGGAGGAAUGCAGAAAAAUUGAGAAGUUGACUGGGGAGCAAGCACAAUCAAAGGCAUGGUUUCAUUUUAGAGCAGGACGAAUAACCGCUUCACACUUCAAGUCUGUUUGUCGAACCAAAGUAGAACAACCUUCACUUUCAUUAUUGAAAACAAUGUGCUACCCUUUGCGUAGUACAUUUAGAACAAAAGCAACAAUUUAUGGCUGUAUGCACGAAAAAGAUGCUUUACAGGCUUACACAGAGAAAAUGUGUGUGAUACAUGAAGAUUUUGGAACCGAACCUGUUGGAUUACGUUUGAAUCCAGAAUAUCCAGCUUUUGGAGCUUCCCCUGACGGUUUAGUGUCAUGUGUAUGUUGUGGACUAGGGUGUACAGAAAUUAAGUGCCCGUUUUGUGCAAAAGAUUUAGGUGUAGACGAGUUGUCCAUAUUGAAAAAAAGUUGGACUAGAUGAUGUUGAGGGAACAAGACAUUUGAAAAAAAGACCACACGUAUUAGAUCCAAAUGCAACUUGCUAUAACUCGGGUGAAAUACUGUGAUUUUAUAAUCUGGAGCAAGAACAAUAUUUUUAUAGAAAGAAUGAAUUUUGGAAUAGGGAAAGUAAAUUGGCACUUAAUUUUUAUAAAAAUGUUAUUUUACCAGAAUUAUUGGGCAAAUACUUCACCAAGUUCGAAGAACACGCUAUCAACUGGAACGUGGUAAAACAUGAUCAUUCCUAUUCAAAGGAAUCAAGUGAUGUGUAAAUAUGCCACAUGUUGCGAGCUUACGACAAGGUUUUGCUGCAUACCUCAGGGUAUGCUAUAAUUUAAAAAAAUACUAUAAUACUUUUAGGGCCAGUUUUUCCACCCACCUUCUAAUAACUUUAUUUGCCCAUUAAAUCAUGUGUCAGAAAAUGAGAUAUAGAUUUAUUUGAUAGUUGGAAAA